AUGGAUACAACAUCACCAGUGCUAGAACGAGCACAAACGAAUCCAGAAUCGACUCUGCCAAUACACGUUCCUGCGAGACGACAGUCCUUUCACCGAGCGAGAUCUGCACCCGGCAAUAACCUCGGACCAGUCGUUACAGCACAUUUCAUAGAUGACUAUGGCGCCCAUCACUACAACCCUGAUGAGCACGACGAUAGCGACCAUGACGAGUCCGAGGCGACCCCACCAUCGACCUUGACCGAGAAGCGAAGUCGAUCAGACACCCUCGAUAGACACGGCACGCAGACAAGCGAUGCUACAUCCACCGACCUCGAGCGCGGCCGCACUCAGUCUCAACAACAACUCAGCCGCGAGAAAAGCACUCUCUCCCGCCGAUCUACGAAGGACCCUUUCCUGGUCCGUUUCCAGCCCGACGACCCGGAGAACCCCAAGCUCUGGUCGUUUCGUCGUCGAUGGGGCGCCACCGCCAUUGUCUCAAUCUUCACGUUCAUCUCACCCACGUCCUCUUCAAUGUCCGCUCCCGCGGUAGGCAAGAUUGGUGCAGACUUCGGUGUGACCAACGAAACCACCCUGUCGCUUCUGAUCUCCAUCUUCGUCCUCGCCUACGCCAUCGGCCCGUUAUUCCUGGGUCCUCUGUCCGAGAUCUAUGGCCGCCGUAUUGUUCUACAGCUAUCAAACUUGUUCUUCCUCGCGUUCAACAUCGGCUGCGGCUUCGCCACCUCAUCCGGCCAGCUAAUCGCCUUCCGCUUCCUGUCCGGCCUCGGCGGCUCUGCCCCACUCGCCAUUGGUGGCGGCGUGCUCAGCGACUGCUGGGAUGCCGAGCAUCGUGGGCAAGCCGUAGGUCUGUACUCUUUGAUGCCGCUGCUCGGUCCCGCCGUCGGCCCCGUCGCUGGUGGCUGGAUUGCGCAGAAGACGACCUGGCGAUGGUGCUUCUGGAGCACGUCGAUUCUGACAGUGCUUAUCCAAGUCCUGGGGGUGAUCUACCUCCGCGAAACAUUCGGGCCCGUCAUUCUAGCGAAGCGCGCUGCGAAAUUGCGCAAGGAGACUGGUGAUGAGAGGUGGCAUACUGAGUGGUCUGGCCCGGGCACAGAUCGUACGUUGGGCAAGGUGCUGAGGGUCAGCUUGCAGCGGCCGUUCAGGUUGCUUGCAACGCAGCCAAUCAUUCAGGUGUUGGCCAUCUAUAUGGCGUUCAUCUAUGGAUUGAUGUAUCUCGUGCUCACAACCUUUCCGCAAGUAUGGGAGGGUGUCUAUGGCGAAUCCCCUGGCAUCGGCGGCUUGAACUACCUGAGCCUGGGCAUAGGCUUCUUCGUGGGCGCGCAGACUGUGGCCCGCAUCAAUGAUCGCUUGUACGCAAAAUUGAAAGCGAAGAACCACAACGUUGGCCGACCCGAAUUUCGCGCACCUAUGAUGCUCGCCGGUGCAUUACUUGUCCCUGCUGGGCUCUUCAUCUACGGCUGGAGCGCGCACUACCACACGCACUGGAUUGUGCCGAAUAUCGGGUCAGCGCUCUUCGCCGCGGGCACGAUUGCGAGUUUUCAGUGGUUCGGAUUUCCAUUGUUUGCGAGGCAGAUGUAUGCUGCUUUGGGCUUGGGCUGGGGCAAUAGUUUGUUGGGCUUCGUGGCGAUUGUGUUGGGUGUUCCGGCGCCGUUCGGACUAUGGCGGUUUGGCGAGACGUUGAGGGGGAAGAGCCAGUAUGCGAGGACUGGAGCUAAAUGA